AUGGCGUCUCUAGCUCUAGCAGCAUUCCUUGGACUCCUUGUAUCCCUCUCAAACGCUGAAAAGACGCAGUCCUCGCCGUCAUGUUGUUCUUUGCUUUCUGAGGCGUUCCCAGACUGUGUGUAUGACAAAAAUACCCAAGCCUGGAGCUCAGAGAAGUAUAAUUUUUGGUCUGCAACCGCUGUCCUUGAUCCUACAUGCAUAUUCACCCCUGAUUCUACCGAAGACGUCUCUCGGGCAGUCCGGCUCUUUGCCCAGAAUGAAUGCAAGUUCUCUAUCAAAGGCGGUGGCCACUCGAACAUACCUGGAGCCGCCAGUAUUGAUGAUGGCGUGAUGAUGGUCAUGUCCCGAAUGAAGACGACAGAUUUAUACCCAGACAAAGGAUACAUCCAUGUUGGAGCAGGUGUGUUGCUAAAAGAAAUAUAUGCUACUCUCGACCCCCAUAAUCUAUCAGCAGUGAUCGGUCGGUACGGUGAAAUUGGCCUUGGAUUAGCCGUGGGAGCCGGCAUUUCCUAUUUUUCCAACCGCGACGGUCUUGCUGUGGAUAACAUCCGCAACUACGAAGUCGUACUCGCUAGUGGGGAAGUAGUUAAUUCUAAUCGAAAGGAGAAUAGGGACCUCUUCUGGGCCCUCAAGGGUGGUAACAACAAUUUUGGCGUCGUUACUCACUUUGAUUUCAACACGGUUGCCAUCCCUGGGCGUGUAUAUGGCGGCCUUAUUCAUUAUCCCGAAUCAUCUCUGGAUAAGGUAGAUGAUUUGAUAUAUGAUUACCAUACCCGCCAGGCCGUGGAGGGCCUUCUUACCCAUGCGAUGCCUCAGUGGGUGUAUAACGGCUCCACGAACGAUACUUACAACCUUACCCCUUUGGUUUACAACGACAAUGUGGAUGAGCUUCCCCCGAUACUGAAGCCGUGGUUGGAUGUUCCCCAUAUCUCUACAUCUCUUGCUCCUCGGACUUAUGAAAACUUGUCCAUAUAUUUAAAUGAGGAUUUUGGUGAUGGGCUGAUACAAGAGCAGCGAGUAUUCACUGUCUAUGCAGAUAAAAAGUUUUACAAAGAUGUGCUUUACAAGUUUCGGGAGUGGCUUCAGAACUUUCAAGACGUUCCUGGCUUCCUUGGGGCCCAUCUGAACAUGCCCAUCACCCCACGGCAAGUUGACCAAGGUCUGCUCAAGGGAGGCAAUCCACUCGGGCUGGAAAAUGCUGGAAAUAGCACGUUAGGCGUCCUCUUUUUCGGGAUAACUUUUGAAGACCCGCAGUAUAAAGAGCAUAUCCUACCAGAGCAUGACAAGUUCGUUCAGUCAAUGAUUGACCUAGCUAGGGAAAGGGGAGUUUUGUAUCCCUAUAUCAUGCUCACGUACUGUGGCUACAACCAAGCUGCCAUCGCAAGCUAUGGCCCGGAGAAUGUGGAUCGACUCUGGCGAGUCCAGCGCCAGUAUGACCCCAAGGACAUGUUUCAGCGUUUUGUACCCGGGGGCCAAAAGCUGCCUCCCCAGAGCAACAAAUAA